AUGUCUCCAUUCCCAACUCCGCUCUCAUUCCUAUCGAUGAAGCCAGACUCAGACUCAGAUUAUGAGAACGGAGCUCUCUCUCUGGUCUGCAUCAAGAGAAAUGAUUACGGAGAAGUUGGGGAGCGAGCCAAGACGUCAGCGGCUGUCUCUGAUUGGUUCUGA